AUGUUAAGCAACAUCUAUGAUCACCAAAAUCUUACUGAUGGCGUUGAAGAGUAUGCAACUGAUACUCCUAAACAUUCCUCGAUCAUCUCAGAGUUAGAAUACAGCGCAGAAAACGCCAAAUUACGGAGGUCGCAGCGAACUCGCAAAUCCUUGUUCGAUAUUAAUUUCUUAAAAUCCUUAAAACAGAAAAAUGAAAAUGAGAAAUCUCAUAGCAACAAAAAGUGCGCAGUCAGUGCACAGCAAAAAUACGAUUGCCAGAAGAAGCGAGGGUUAUUUGUGUGCUCGAAUGAUGGCUGUAACAGAACCUUUUCAAGCCAAAAGCGCCUACAUAAUCACAUGAAAAAGAGUUGCAUGCAGAUAGGACAUAAAUGUCCUAAUGAAGGUUGCAACAGAAUUUGUUAUGGUAUUCAGGCCUAUACCCAUCAUUUAAGAUACGUAUGUGUCACGGAAAAACCGUUCAAGUGUAUGACUCUUGGUUGCGACAAAGCGUACACGCAAAAAGCGUAUCUCAAGCGUCAUCUCGAAUUCGAGUGUAAAAUUAAGCCUCGUUUUAAAUGUUAUUAUUGCAAAUACAUUGCUCAAUAUCCAGUAAGCGUUCGUCGGCAUUGCUCAAAUAGACACAAAGAGAAAACACCUAGAUGUAUCGACACCGAUGCAGAUAAAGAGGUUACUUGUUAAAAAGAAGUUUACUGAUUGAUUUUCGAUUCUUUGUACUCAAAAUUUUUGAUAACACUUUUUUAAAAUUCUUUUGUAAUUACUCCAUCAGAAAGGUAAUAAAGGCCUGAUUCCUUAUUUGUAUAACUAAAUAUGAUGUUUCCCUUUCGAACAGAACACCUAAUUACAUGAUUUUCAACUCAACACAUUUAACCAAAAACUCGUAACAUUACUUAUUUGUCUAACAGUGUGAACCUUCGGUCCGUGACUAACAAUCAAUAAUUUUACAGGCAUAAUUCUAACCGGAAAACCAUAUCAUUGUCCAACGCAUGGCUGUUCAAGUACCUUUAAGUAUGAAAGUAGCAUCCGACUCCACCUGAAGUACACAUGCCAGAGAAAGGAAAAAUCAUUCAAAUGUCCGAAUGCAGGUUGCGAUCGCGCAUUUAAAUACAAACACGGACUCGUCAACCAUCUUAAAUUCGUUUGCCAAGUCGAGGCUCACAUAAAGUGCGUGUACUGCGCGUUUAUCACUUCGUAUCCGGAAAAUGUGCUUGCUCAUUGCCAUCGUAUGCAUCCUAAGGCCAAACCCCAGUACAUAGAUUUAAGUAAAACCGACAAUUGUUAGCAAACUUUCACUGGCGUCAACCUGAGUGCGAGAAAUGUUAUUUCUGAAAUUUGGAGAAUUUGCUUCCUUACCUAUUUAUAAUUACAUCAUGUAACGAACAUUCAAUUGUGCAAUAAAAUUUAGUAAGGAAGCAUACGUAGAGGGUUUUAUUAUCACUUUCCAUACUCACGUCUCAUGAGUAGCUCAUCAGUCAUCAUUACUUACGUCUUUCGCUAUUAACACAAUGAGGCUUUCGAUACUAACAGUUUAUGUCAAAUAAUAAUAUUGUUGUCCACAAUUGCAGCGAUCAACGCUAAUGUGAGAUGUAAAAAACGGAUAAACGGAGAUGAAGAAUGGUUAUUUUACACGCCAUCGUCGUUGGAAGACUCUGCCACGUUAAAAAUGAUACGCCAAUUUUCUCCGCGUUCGCCCAAACCUCAAAAUCAAGUGUUCAAGUGCACAAAUAAAGGUUGCAAUCUUGUAUUCAAGCACAAAACUAGCCGCUAUCGGCACGUACAUUUUGUUUGUCGGCGUGUACCCCGACAGAAGUGUCCUCAUUGCAAAUUUAUUACUAAGCGGCCUGAUCACGUAUUGCAACAUUGCGCUAGGGCCCAUCCAGGGAUGAAGCCAGGAUACAUAAAGGUGGUAUUUGACUAGUAAUAUCAUAGAAAGUAAAAAAGUACGGUACAAACUAUAUUAUACAAAUUUCAUUUUUCUUGAUUGUUCUCUUGCUGUAGUUUGAGAUGAUAAUUAUUAAUAGCACUAUAGUAUUCAAUUUACAAACUCGUGACAAUAAAAAAGAUUAAUACAUGUGUUCAGUUAUCAACACAAUCGUUGAAAUAAGCGAUAAAUGAGAAAUACAAAAUGCCACUGUAACUACAAAUAUUUUUAAUAGUUUAAGUACAAUUACAAAUAUAAAGCCUAGCAAAUAAAUCAUUCUAAAUGACUCGACAUUGUCAUCGUCAACUGCUGAUCUAGUUGCCAUUAUGUUGAUCUAUGAUAAAGUUUAGUACAAUAUGUAAGAUAUUAAAAUAUUAUUUGUUUGAGUUUUGUCUGAGAGACGUUUUCGUCAAUUUUUCUCUAACAUUAAUCGAUGAUUUUUAGUUAUGGAAA